AGUCCUCAGUCAUGGAUUUCAUGGAGGACCAGGCGGAGGAAUCGGAUGUGAACUCCGAGGACGAAGUCCGGUCUGAAGCCUCGGGCUCCGGGAGUGAUUCUGGGGCGAAGUCCAAGUCAAAGAAAAAAUCCAAAAAGAAAAGUCGACAGAUCAUCUCAGACAGCGAAGAAGAUGAGGAGGAAGAAGAAGAAGAUGAGGAACAGAUAAGGAAGGAGAUGGAGGGCUUCAUUAAGGACGAGGAUGAUGAAGAAGAAGAGGAGGAGGGCGAUGAGUCGGGGAGCGAGUCCGGGAAACGUAAACACGAAGAUUCCGAGUCUGACGACCAGCUAGAGGACGAAGAUUAUGACCUCAUCGAGGAAAACCUGGGGGUCAAGGUCAAGAGAAAGCCAAAGUUGAAGAGAAUCCGUAUGGUGUCAGAUGAGGAGGAUUCCGAUAAAGAGGAAAUGAACGAGGAACGUGAGAGAGACGCUCUGGCUGAUGAACUGUUUGACGGAGAGGCCGAUGAUUCCGAGGCGCCGCGGGAGAGAGUCACUAACGAGUUUGACAGCCUGGACGUGGACGAAGAGGAGGAUGAAGACGACAUGGACAAUUUUAUUGUUGAUGAAAAUGGUGAACCAAUUAAAAACAGACUCAAGAAGAAGAAACACAUAAUUCAUUCUGACUCAGCGUUACAGGAGGCCCAGGACAUCUUUGGGGUGGACUUUGAUUUUGACGAGUUUGGUUAUGGGGAGGAAGAUGAAUUUGAAGAUGACGAUGACUACAUUGAAGAAGGUGAGGAAGAAGAAGGGAGACAGAGACCCAAAAAAGGAAGCAAGAAAAAGAGCCAGAAAAAGACCAUAUACGAGGCUUUUGAACCAUCAGAAAUCGAGCGAGGAUUCUUCACUGACCAGGAUAAUGAGAUUCGGGCGACAGACAUGCCUGAGCGAUUUCAGCUGCGACAGGUGCCCGUCAAACCAACAGAGGAGGGAGAAGUGGAGGAGGAAUCAGAGUGGAUUUAUAAACAGGCAUUCUCUACCCCAAGUGUAUCACAACAGAACUUAUUGGAACAAGAGUCAGGAACAUACAAUCGUCGGGGCCCGAGUAUGAUCAACAAAAUCAAGAAGGCCAUCGACUUCAUGAGGAAUCAGCAUUUAGAGGUCCCCUUUAUUGCUUUCUACAGAAAAGAGUAUGUCGAGUCAGAUCUUAACAUUAAUGACUUGUGGAAGGUGUGGCAGUGGGACGAAAAGUGGACUCAACUGAGAACAAGGAAGCAGAACUUGAUCAAGUUGUUUGAGAAGAUGCAGAACUACCAGUUUGACACAAACUCAGACCCUGAUAAAGUGCUAGAGUCCAAUAUACGACCACUGACAGACGAAGAUCUAGACAGAGUAAGAAAUGUACAGACUAUGGAGGAGCUGAAGGACGUCUAUCAACACUUUCUCCUGUAUUACGGUAUGGACAUCCCCAAAAUGAAGAUGGCCCAGACAAAGAAGAAGUCUGAGGGGGAGAGAGAAGACGGGGAGGCGGAGCCGGAACCGGACAUUGAGCCAACGGACACCAUCAAACACGCCACCAGGAAAACCGGCUACAACAUCUGCCAGGAAAAGAAAAUAGAUGAUAUUGCUGAGAAGUUUGGAUUGACUCCUGAACAGUUUGGGGAGAAUUUACGAGAUAACUACCAGAGACAUGACGUUGAACAGUAUCCCAUAGAACCAUUGGAGCUGGCAAAGGAAAAAAUCUGUGGGCAGUUUCCCACGGAGGAGGAAGUGUUACUAGGGGCACGUCACAUGGUUGCUAUGCAGAUUUCCCAUGAUCCCACAGUUAGACAGGUUGUUAGACAGGCUUACUAUGAGAGAGCCAAGGUCACAGUACGACCAACGAAGAAAGGAAUGAAGGAAAUUGAUGAGUCUCAUGGCUGCUACAGUAUGAAGUAUCUCAAAAACAAACCUGUACGAGAUCUCAAGGACGAACAGUAUCUCAAGUUAACCAUGGCAGAAGAGGAUCGCCUUUUGACCAUGACCUUCAGUAUUGAUGAGGAAUCGGAGAACACACAGACUUACUUUGAAGAAAUCAGACAGCUUUACUACAGGGAUGAGUUUAGCCACCUUGUCCAGCAGUGGAACUUACAGAGGACUCAGGCUCUCGAGCGAGCCCUCACUAAACUCCUGUAUCCUCAGAUGGAGAAGGAACUGCGAGCCAAACUGUUAGCCGAGGCCAAGGACGGCAUUGUCAAGGCCUGCUGCAGAAAGCUUUAUAACUGGCUGAAGGUUGCUCCAUAUCAGGCCGACCAGCAACUGGAGGACAAUAACUAUGAGGACGAAGGUCUGCGUGUCCUGGGGAUCGGAUACUCCACGGAUCGCGACACCGCAUCCUUUGGGGUACUGAUUGACCCCGAGGGUCAGGUGACUGAUUUCCUCCGACUGGAGUACCUUUGUAUGAAGAAGAAUGCCUUCAGAGAGGUGGAUCGCAAGGGAAAGGAAAGUGAUCUUGCUAAGCUGAAGGAGUUUAUCUCGACUAAGAAGCCCCAUGUGGUCGCCGUGACGGCAGAAUCUAAUAAUGCUCUGCGGAUAAUUGAGGACAUCCAGCGGAUAAUCCAAGAACUGACGGAGGAGGUGGAAAUGCCGGCCAUCAAUGUGGAGUUAGUGGAUAACGAGGUCGGACCCAUAGCAACACAUGUAGUUAUACGCUAACAGUUAGAAAACUCCAACAAAGGACAUAGUGACUUCCGUGAGUACCCUGUAGUUCUUCGUCAUGCAAUCUCCAUCGCUCGUCGUCUACAAGAUCCGCUGAUUGAGUUCGCUCAGCUGUGCAAUCCUGAUGAAGACAUUCUCUGUCUAAAGUACCAUCCCUUCCAGGAUCAGAUUCCUAAGGAUGUGUUACUGAACGCGCUGACCCUGGAGUUUGUAAAUCGUGUGAAUGAAGUGGGCGUGGACAUUAAUCGGGCACUGGCUCACUCCCACACGGCACCCCUCGUACAAUUCGUGUGUGGCCUGGGGCCUAGAAAGGGGACUCAUCUGCUAAAAAUCCUCAAACAAAAUAACAUUCGCCUCGAAAACAGAACUCAGCUUGUAACUCUGUGUCACAUGGGGCCUAAAGUGUUCAUUAAUUGUGCUGGAUUCAUUAAGAUUGAUACAUACAGCCUGAUGGACAGCACAGACUCGUAUGUUGAGGUACUGGACGGUUCUCGUGUCCACCCUGAGACGUACGAGUGGGCUCGUAAGAUGGCGGUGGACGCUCUGGAAUAUGACGAUACAGCAGAGGACGCUAAUCCUGCGGGGGCACUGGAGGAAAUUCUGGAGAGCCCCGAGAGAUUGAGGGACCUCGACUUAGACGCCUUCGCUGAGGAACUAGAGAGACAGGGGUAUGGAGAUAAACACAUCACCCUGUACGACAUUAGAGCUGAGCUGAAUCAUCGCUAUAAAGAUCUCCGAACCCCCUACAGGUCACCGCUAAACGAGGAGAGAUUUAACAUGAUCACCAAGGAAACACCAGAGACCUUCUAUGUCGGCAAACUGGUGUUAGGUAAGGUAAUCGGAAUCGCUCAUCGUCGUCCGCGAGGCGAACAGCUGGAUCAGGCUAAUCCGGUGAGGAACGAUGAGACGGGCCUCUGGCAGUGUCCGUUCUGUAACCGUAGUGACUUCCCCGAGCUCAGCGAGGUGUGGAGUCACUUUGAUGCUGGGAGCUGUCCUGGAUCCGCUGUAGGGGUGAAGAUCAUACUAGAUAAUGGAGUCAGUGGGUUCUUACACACCAAAAACAUCAGUGAUAAACAUAUCAAGAGUCCCGAGGAAAGGGUCAAGCCUGGGAUGACUAUACACUGUCGGAUCACUAAGAUCGACAUUGAUCGAUUCCAGGUGGACUUGACGAGUAAAUCUUCAGAUCUGAUGGACUCCGAUAACCACUGGAGACCGCCUAAAGAUCUGUAUUACGACCAGGAGCAGGAAGAUAAGGAUAAGGAGAAGGAGGAAGAGAAAGUCAAACACAAGGCCAGACAAACGUACGUAAAGAGAGUCAUAGCUCACCCCUCCUUCCACAAUGUGGGGUACAGGGAAUGUGAGAAACUUCUAGAAAACAUGGAUCAAGGGGAGGCAAUCAUCAGACCCAGCAGUAAGGGUUCGGACCACCUGACCGUGACAUGGAAGGUGGCGGACGGAAUCAUGCAGCACAUCGACGUCCGAGAGGAGGGCAAGGAGAACGCCUUCAGUCUGGGGAGCUCCCUCUUCAUAGGAAAUGAGGAAUUUGAAGACUUGGAUGAAAUCAUUGCGCGCCACAUUCAGCCAAUGGCAGCGUUCGCUCGGGACGUGAUGAACUUUAAGUAUUACAAGGACAUGGAUAACUCAAAACGCGACGUUCUGGAGAAAUGUCUUCUGGAGGAAAAGAAAAAAGGACCAUCAAGAAUUCCGUACUUCCUGUCCUUGACGAAGCAGUACCCCGGGAAGAUUCUCCUGUCCUACAUGCCGCGUAUAAAGGCUCGGCACGAGUACAUCUCCAUCACACCUGACGGGCUCCGUUACAGACAACAGAACUUCCACUCCCUCAACUCACUGAUGCGCUGGUUCAAAGAACAUUUCAGGGAUCCCAUUCCAGGUACCCCCGCCAGUGCACGAACCCCUGUACCGGGCUCAAACUUUGCUACACCCAGCAUCAAUUUACAGGGUGUGGAUGCAGCAACAAUCCAGAGAGCUGCUGCAGGGUUGCCUAGCAACAUCUACAACACACUGGCCCAGGUAGCUAGUGCCACCCCCCGCGUAGCAAGAAUGACCCCUGGGGUCACACCGGGUGCCACUCCACAAGUCGCUGGAAACUUUAACAACUUUAAUGUGCCAAUGGGAACCCCUAUGAUGACCCCAAUGAUGACCCCAUCUCAUCCCAUGACAACGCCUGCCAACCAGCCCGCCCAGACCCCCUCAUACAGACCGACCCCCCGGGCAGCAACCACCCCUGCUUGGCCAGGGGCAACACCCAAAGCCACACCCAGAAUUGGUUCCACCACCCCCCAGCAUCAGGGACAGACCCCCAGGGGUGGACCCAGCACAGCGGGCAUGGACUGGGCCAAGGCUGCCCAGAUGUGGGCAAAGCGGUCGGGCUCCACCAAACCCGGCACACCGAGACACGGACAGAGUCCCCGGGGGGUGAGACCCUCCCCGAGGCCCAGCCCUAGACACGAGGGGUACACGGCGGGGGAUUCCACGCCUCUGUUUGACGAACGAUGAUCCUCAACAGGAAAAUGUACAUAUGAGAAAAAAACUCAGAUAAAUCUGAAUAUGGAGAAAAACUCAUAAAGGAAAAUCAUCAACAGUAAAAUCUGAUCACAAAAACUCAGACAGGAGAAAAAUCAUCAACAGUUGAGAUUGCGAGUCUUUACUCUUUUUUUAUGUAAGAGAUCGUUACUCUGUAAGUUAUCUGAGAGUGCUGUUUAAGAUUAUCUCUUGUGACACUCAGUGUUUUGUCUUAAAGGAAAGUUUGAUUUCUUAAAUCAUUGACUGGAGAUCGUUCUUACUGUAAUUUUGUAUUUUGUUGUUGUGAGAGAACUGUAGAAAUACAUGUAACAGAUCUUAAUGCCAUGAUGUUGACUGCGUGUCAGUCAUUGCCUCGGGAUUUAAUCCAGGAAUAAUUGCCUGUUAAUGUGCUAAGAGCAGGAACAGAUUAAAACUUUUGGCUUCUUUUGUACAAAAUAUCCAUUUUUAUAUAAAAAAAAUGUGCAUUACUUCUGUGAGAUCAAUAAAUACAUUUGAUAAAAUACAA